AUGCGAAUUAUUUCCCAGACCCCGCCCCUUUUCUUUUUGGAUUUCAAUUUGGCCGAGGGCACGACGGAACGAAUGAAACGCCUGGGGGCAUUCGGAUGGCUUUGUAUUUAUUGCACCGUGCAGAUUGGUUGGAGUGCAGAGGAGGGUGUUUGGAGGGUGGGGAGAUGUGAUUGGAAGUUGGGAGGGGUCGAGAAGGGUUGUGAGGCUGAUAGAAGUUGAUGAAGUACCAUAAGGCAUAUUCUUCAAGGUGUUUAAAAAAUUCAUGUUCGGAUUUUUUGCAGUGUAAAAAAUUUAAAACGGUUUAUCCUUUUGCUAUGACGAUAGUCUUUUUUAAAUCAGAUGGUAAGUUUUUUAGGUCAUAUGACUGCACUACCAAUAUUUAAUUUAAUUUGCCUUAUAUUGUACCUUCAUUUCAUUUCCUGCACUCUUUCCCACUCUUUUUGUUUUUACUUUUUUAUACUAAUAUGCCCUUCAACAGAUUUAUUCGUAAUCAUGAACACUUCAAAGCCGUCUAAACCCUUAUGUCACUGUCGCAAAAAAAGAAGAUUACAGAUUAUUAUUCCCACGUAAUGCGUAAAGGAAGUCUACAUGAUUUCGUCUGAAAAAUAAUUUUUAAAGCCGUUUAAGAAAUAACUCAUCGAAAAAUCUUGGACUUCUGACCUUGAUUUUUACUGUAUUCGCCUCUACUAACGUUUAAAAUUUUUGAAAAUACCGCAAGAGUAUAAAUUUCUGGCCUCAUUAUUGUUAUUUACCGCUCAUAUUAUGACGAGUAGCAUAGUAAACAAUUAUUUUCCCAUCGCUCUUUAUAUAUUUUCGCUUUUAUUUUCCGUGAGAAAUAGAAAUAUUGAAAUUAUUUUUUCAUUUUAAUGCCUGUUAAUCGCUAUAAUUUAAUCACUAUUUACAGUCUCCCAGCUCAACAUGGUCGCCUCAUUGCGUUCGCUUUGCCUCCGACUCUUCGCCGUUCUCUGUCUGGUGGUUCUAAUGGUCAGCGCAGCGCCAGUCGACGAAUCAGAGGGGUGAGUAAAACACAGGGUGAUUUAAUGUAGUACGUUGGGUCCAAAAAUGAAAUCGAUAAAUUCUUGUUGCCUCUGCAUGUAUGAAAAGCUUUCUCUCUAACUGUCUCCUCGCCUGUCAUAUUCUGCCGUUUUUAUAGACUGUUGAUUAUCCGGGCUCUCUCUGCAAGUCAUAAGAAUAAAUUUUGAAUAAUUGUAUAUGGCGCAUAUACAAUAUCUUUGCCAAAUUUUAGAACAUUUUCCCAGGUUACUACUUUGAGAUAUCCCCCUUCUAAAACACUAAGUAAAAUAUUCUAAAGAGAUCGCAAAGCCGCUAUCAAAAAUUUUAAAAGAAAUCUCACAGUCUAAUCUGACCGAAAUGAAAAUAUUCCGGUUCAAAAUUCAAAUUUUAGACGUUCCCCACUUCCGUUUUUUCCAUUUAUAUUCUUCCCCUGUUUGCUCAUUCAACUCAUUGAAAUCGGAUCUGUUGGAUAUUAAAUUCAACUCUACACGCAUAUUCAAAUAUUAAAUAACUUUCAUCGUGUGAUGACAUAACGACACAUGAUCUUUUCGUAUAACAAUCGUUCGAUUUUUGUUGGAAAUUGAUCUUCUCUGGUCAAAUGGUCAUCUUUUUUGGAAGAAGUCAAUUCCGGGUUGAGACAAAAAAGAUGACAAGAAGAUGGCAUCACAGUUAUUUUGGCCUACUUUUUGAGCCAAAAAAAAGAUUUUUCAAAACAAACUUUCUUGAAAAAUCCGUUUUUUCCUCCUCAAUCUUUGUCCCACGGAUGUCUGCCUCGGAUGGAUUGUUCCAACUCGACUUUCAACUUUUCCAAAUGACAUCUUCUCGCCUUUCCAUUUCUCAUCCGACGAAUUGUCGCCUUGAGGGCAUGUCUCUUGUCCUCACUGUUAACACCGACCAGUCUCUGGGGGAAUCAAAGGCCGAAGAGAGCGAACAGACGUCAUGAAGGGCUUGAUUGAAAUUGGAGGGCGCGAAUGGGACAAGGAAAUUGGGCCAAUAGGUCCACCAACAUCAUCCGGAGAUAGGUCUAGAACUUUUACACAGCUACAAGUCUGUAAAACAAUGGUCUUUAUAUGUGCCAAGUUUCAUCAAAAACUGUUCUCAAAGACAGGAUUUUUAUGAUUUCAAAGCUACACAGGCAACACUCAUCAAUCCAUGACCAGGGCUUAUAGCAAUAGUCUGAAUUUUCAAAUUCCAAGUUUUUUCGAAAUCCGACCAAUGAAAAUAAUUUACUGUAACUUUUAUCACGAUCCCAUCAAUUACUGCAAAACGUUUUCCGGAAUCUGACGUUAUAUUCCCUCACGAAAUACAGGGAAUUCUGACUUCCUCAAUCUGAAUGGAUGACAAAGCCAAGGCUUCGAAAUGUGGGACUGGGAAACUCUCGACGCAAAAGAAAGACCGGAAAUUUGAGUCUUGCAUGAGAUUUGGAACGGAAUUAAUGAAGAUGCAACGAUAAGGACCACCAAGUUUCUUGUUAGACAUCCGUGUAGAAAUAGCGUGAGCGGAAAGCUAAAAAAAUUAGAAAAAGUAAACAAUAAAAAAGAAAAAAAGCUAAUGUAUUUUGAUUGUACUUUCAUUAAAAACGGUCUCUUCAAAUUGGUUGAGACUUUGAUAGUUUUUGAGACAUUUCCGACCCAUGAAACACAAUGCCAAAAAUAGCGGAAGAUUCAAAAAUUUCAUACUUGUUUGCAAAGAUAUUAUGAUUUUUGAAAAUUUCAGACUAUUUAAAAUCCGACUGUAACAGAAUUGAUCUCUUUGAGCCAAUUGCCAAGAAAUUACAGUAGUUCUUUAUUCCAAACUACAUUUUCCGUGUUCCCGAUAAUCCUGUCUCUAUUUACUGUCCCAAAAAUAUCUGAUUCCGUUAUUCGAUCCGUUCCAUUUCUAUCACACCGUCUAGACGGUGUGAUAGAAAUGGACGCGUCUCCCUUUUUUGGAAUCCAAAUCUUUUGAGACUAAUGGCCCAGCCCUGGGCCAAGCUUCUCACUCAAGUCCCAAUGGAUUUAAUUCGUCCAUUAAGGACUAAUUCCGCUUAAUCUGAUUGCAGUAUUGUUUUCGAAAAAAAGUAAAAAUAGCAGUUAUAGUGCAAUUUCAGUUUUAUAGCACAGUAAUUGUCAUUAUUUCAUCGUGAUUUCAGGUAUCUCCGGGAGGCGCGGGCACCCAAGGCCAAAUUUAUAAGAUUCGGACGUGCUGGCCAGAAAUUCAUUCGUUUCGGACGAGGAGUAAGUUUGAAUUAAUUUUUAGGGCACUUCCUCUUUUCUUAAUUUAUUAAAAUGCAAAAGUCUGGAGAGCAACAUCAAAAUUUAAAAUUUUGGGCUUACUUAGACCUUGGUCAAAAAAGAUCCAGUGAAAACACGUUUGACAGGAAACAAGUUUGCAAUGCCUUUUGCAGUAUUUUCUUCAUUUCCGAAUUCCAUACUUUGCAUAAAUUUAAAUAAAAAUUUCAAAAAAUAAGCAUUUUGAAUGAACCCGUAGUAUAAUAUAAUUUUUGGUCUAGAAGUGGUCUCAAAAGGGAGCUUAGUCGGGAAAAAAUUUAAACCCAGAUUAAUUCACCCUUCCUCUCGCAUCACUCACAAGAAUUCAUGUUCUUCCUCCCAUUUUUCAUCCAAAUUUAAUAUGUAAUUUAUACAUUUCUGAUGGGAAAAUCUGAAAAAUAAGGCCGAAAUGCAGUCUGUUAAACGAAAAUUGGUAUUUUAUUAUAAUUUAUUUAAAUCUUUAGGGGUUUCGGAUUUUCUGUAAUAUUAAAACUUUUUUAAUUCAGAAAAAUGUGAAGAGAAAUCCACAUUUCUAGGUGGAUGUAGAAAACGGUAACACGUGUUUUUUACGCUGAAUGGAAAAUUUAUCCAUUGACGCCAACAAACUCGGUCUUGAAUGGGUUUUAAUCAGGGAUUUUAUAGUGUAUUUUAAGUAAAUUUACGUGGGAUUUCGGAAUGUUUUGAAUUAUUUUUGAUGUCAUAAAAUUUAGUCAUACUCACGUAACCUAUUCUUUUACCUAUUCUUUGAGUAUCAAAGAGUUUUUUAGUCCAACAAAAUUCAGAAUUUAUAAACGGCCCCACAACUUUGACCUCAUUUUAGACAACAAAGAUUCCUUUGCAACCUUUUUAAACUUUUCCUCCCUUGCAUUAGGUUGAUUAAAACUGUUUUGUGUCCUAUUAGAAACUUCUGCUGAAAUGGACCUUGACCCGACUCAGAAAUGGAAUAUAACAAUAAGGGUUACGGUAAUCGUACGACGUUUAAAAAAGCCGUAAAAAAUCCGCGGCCAUAAAAAAGAAAUUAACUUUUAUCGAGGGGUAUGAGCGGAGGGACGUAAAAUUAGGAAAUCGAAGAUUUAUGAGUGUAUUUUGGAGGUUUAUAGACUUUUAAAAAUUUUGAAAUCCGCAUUUCCGCCAAAAUUGGCAUUGUGUUUUUUAACCAGAUUUUGAAGAUUUAGGGAUUCCAAUGGGUAGUAAAUAAAGAGCCCAGAAUAAACAACAGGGCAAUAAAAUUAGGCAGUUAGGCAGUUAGUACACAGUUUUCUAAAAUCUUUUUAUUUCCAAACUACUUUUUUUAAUUUUGAUGGUAUAAAUUAUUUUUUUAUUUUUCAGGGUGCCUACGGGCCCGGGACCGCGUUUCCAUCGGACUUGUACUACCAGUACUGA